CAUGAGCAGUACGCGACACGUGACGUCAUAUCCCUGGGCGUCCUUAAAGUGAAACAAAAAGUGAUCGUCUCAGACACUCUUGCGGAGGACCGUUACUCUAACAAAUGUCUUCACAUGUCACGAGAGACGCUCGGGGGAAAGUAUUGAAGGCCGAGGAGAAGCUCAGGUCGUCCAAGUCGCAAAACAGCCGCGGAAAGAUCACUUAAAAAUGACCGAGAGGUAUCAAUAAUGUACUCUGAUAAAUACAAGAGAGUGGAGGGACAGGAGCAGAAUAAAAUGAGUGCUUAUAAACUGAGUGUGUGUGAGGAGAGAGAGGAGGAGGAUCCUGUUUACACACCAAGAACAGCAUCUUCAGGAUUCAGCUGUGUGUCUAUGAAGAGUAACUGCUCCAUGCGUGAGCCUCCUUAUCUCAGUGAGGUUGACACUCAGAGACUGGCAUCUUCAGGAUUCAGCUGUGUGUCUAUGAAGAGUAACAACUCCAUGUGUGAGCCUCCUUAUCUAAGUGAGGUUGACACUCAGAGACUGGCAUCUUCAAGAUUCAUCUGUGUGUCUCUGAAGAGUAACAGCUCCAUGCGUGAGCCUCCCUAUCUCAGUGAGGUUAACACUCAGAGACCGGCAUCUUCAGGAUUCAGCUUUGUGUCUGUGAAGAGUAACAACUCCAUGUGUGAGCCUCCUUAUCUCACUGAUGGACCUGCUGUGAAUUUUGUAUGUAUGUCCUCUCAGACCUUCAAAUCCUCCUACAGUCAGAACCACUUCAGUCAUUCUGACACAGAAACAGAUCUGCAGCUUAAUUCUCAUCAACCAGCACUUAAUGACCUAAAGAGAGUCAUAAAGCAGCACAAAACCAGCAUGAAGAAAAAGUAUGAAAGCUUAUUUGAGGCAGUCAACCUCCAAGAGAAUCAAACCCUCCUGAACAGGAUUUACACACAGUUGUACAUCAUAGAGGGAGAGAGUGAAGGAGUGAAUGAAGAACAUGAGGUGCUGCAGAUAAAGAAAAGUUAUAGUACAUAUCAAGCCACUUCAAUCAACUACAGUGACAUCUUUAAUCCUUCACCUGAACUAGCAGAUGAGGAAAUAAGAGAGAACAAAGACAAAAUAAAGACUGUUCUUACUAAAGGCAUCGCUGGAAUUGGAAAAACUGUCUCUGUGCAGAAAUUCAUUCUGGACUGGGCUGAGGGAAAAGCCAAUCAAGAUGUAGAUUUCAUGUUUGUUCUUACAUUUAGAGAGCUGAACUUGGUUAAAGAUAAUCAGUACAGUCUUCACAGACUUCUGCUUGAUUUUCAUCCUGAACUUCAAGAUCUGGACCCAAAGAUUUAUGGGGAAUGUAAAGUUGUGUUUAUCUUUGAUGGUCUGGAUGAAAGCAGAAUUUCAGAAAUGUUUUUAGAAAGUCAAAAAGUUUCUGAUGUGACUGAGAUUUCAUCAGUGGGUCUGUUGAUGUCAAGCCUCAUGAGAGGAUAUCUACUUCCCUCUGCUCUCAUCUGGAUCACCACCAGACCAGCAGCAGCCAACCAGAUCUCGGACUACAUCAACCGUGUGACAGUAAUUCAGGGAUUCAAUGACCCUCAGAAAGAGGAAUAUUUCAGGAAGAGAAUCCGUGAUGAGCAUCAAGCCAGCAGAAUCAUCUCAAACAUCAGAAGAGCAAGAAGCCUCCACAUCAUGUGUCACAUCCCUGUCUUCUGCUGGAUUUCAGCCAAUGUGCUUCAAAACAUCCUGAAACAAGAUCUCAGUGCAGAAGUCCCUCAAACUCUGACUGAAAUGUACAUCUACUUCCUGCUCAUUCAAACAAACAUGAGGAACCAGAAGUAUGAAAAGAGACAUCCAAAGAAACUCCUGCAGUUCAGCAGAGAAGUGAUUGUGAAACUUGCUGAACUGGCUUUCAAUCAGAUGAUGAAGGGCAAUGUGAUGUUUUAUGAGGAGGAUCUGAGAGAGAGCGGCAUAGACGUCACUGAUGCUUCAGUGUAUUCUGGGAUCUGCACUGAGAUCUUCAGAGAGGAGUCUGUGAUUCACCAAAGGAAGGUUUACAGCUUUAUACAUCUGAGCUUUCAAGAGUUUUUUGCAGCACUGUAUGUGUUUUACUGUUAUUUACACAAAAACAGCGAGGUUCUGAAAAUGUUCCUGACAGGAAAGUCCAAAUGCCAGGGUGAAAAUAUUUCUCUGGAUGUGUUUCUGAAUGAAGCAGUGAAUAAAGCUUUGGAGAGUAAAAAUGGACACCUGGAUCUUUUCCUUAGAUUUCUUCAUGGCAUCUCACUGGAGUCUAAUCAGAGACUCUUACAGGAUGUACUGAUACACACCGAGAACAACCCAGAGAGCAUUAAAACAAUAAUUCACAACCUUAAACAAAGUCAAAAUUAUCAGGUUAGUCCUGACAGAUGGAUAAAUCUGACACACUGUUUGAUUGAGAUGAAGGAUAACUCAGUUGUUGAAGAAAUGCAGGCAUUUUUAAACUCUAAAUCAAAAAAAGAAAAUCUUACUCCUGUUCAAUGCUCAACCUUGGCAAACAUAAUCCUGAUGUCAGAGGAGGUGCUGGAUGAGCUAGACUUCAAUAACAACAUCAGAUCAAAAGAGGGCAGAUGGAGACUGGUACCUGCUGUGAGGAACUGCAGAAAAGCUGUUUUGGCAGGCUGUAAUCUCACUGGUCAGCACUGUGAAAUUGUGGCUUCUGCUCUACAAUCACCAAACUCACCCCUGAGAGAGCUGUACCUGAGUAACAAUCCUCUGCAGGAUUCAGGAGUGAAGCUGCUCGCUGCUGGACUGAAGAGUCCAAACUGUCAACUCAACACAUUGAGCUGGCCAAGUAUCUUUAACAAAUAUAAGCGCCAUGAAGGAUGUGGACAAAUCAUCAGUGUCUAUUUGUUGAGCUUGAGCCUGAGUGACAUCACAAGCAGGAAAAGUUUCAGGAUAUAUUUCUGACAAAUCAUCAGUGUGAUCUGAUAAAACGAGUUUGUUACACUUCCAACAUGUAAAAAAACCUUCCCACCAGCCAAAUCAUUACCUAGGAUAAACUUAACCCCUUUGGCAGGUAAACGAUCACAAACACCUUCAAAAACUUAUACACAACCCUGACUGCAAAUGGUUUUGGUAUAGCGGGACUUUAACAAUGCAAUCUCAACUAUGAAGGACUGGGAUGUGCCAGUGUCACAGAGCAUUUUAACCCUUACCUGUGCUGUAGGUUUACCCAGAAUGGAAACCCAUUAAAAAAGUUAAGAAGCUA